UGUCUAACCUGGGAAUAAUGAGUGUGGCGCUAAUGACAGCUUACGUACUGAUAACAAACUUUCCUACUGCUUAAUGGUAUAUGGUGCACGUUGUACAGUUGCGUGACGACUAAUAUAUAUUUCGUUGAAUUUGGUGAAAUUAAAGGAAGAAAAUAAGAACAUGUCUGCCUGUCAAGAGAUGACUGAAGAGGGUCCGUCAGAUGCUGAGGCUACGAAAAAUGUACGGCGCCCCAUCUGUCUCAUUGUGUUGGGUAUGGCUGGUUCUGGGAAGACUACUUUUGUGCAGAGGCUGGUAUCACAUCUGCAUGGACAAGCAAACCCGCCGUAUACAAUUAAUCUGGACCCAGCAUGUUUAGAGGUCCCAUACCCAGCAAAUAUAGAUAUACGAGACACUGUGAACUAUAAGGAGGUGAUGAAGCAAUAUGGUCUUGGUCCAAACGGAGCCAUUGUCACAUCCUUGAACCUUUUUUCCACCAAGUUUGACAAAGUAAUCUCCCUCCUGGAAAAGGCCUCCUCUACACAUGAGCUAACUGUGAUCGACACUCCAGGCCAGAUCGAGGUGUUCACCUGGUCUGCCUCUGGAAACAUUAUCACUGAAGCCUUAGCAUCCACAUUCCCCACUGUUGUGGUGUAUGUAAUGGACACCAUACGCAGCGUGAAUCCUGUCACUUUCAUGUCUAACAUGCUUUAUGCCUGCUCCAUUCUGUAUAAGACCAAGCUUCCAUUCAUCGUAGUCAUGAACAAGGUGGAUGUCGUUGAGCACAGCUAUGCAGUGGAGUGGAUGCGUGACUUUGAAGCAUUCCAAGAAGCCCUGGAGUCAGAAACUUCUUACAUCUCAAACCUGACACGGUCCAUGUCACUCGCCCUGGACGAGUUCUACAGCAACUUGCGGUGUGUUGGUGUGUCUGCUCUUACUGGCACCGGAGUGCCCGAGUUCUUCUCACUGGUUCAGGAUGCAGCUGAUGAGUAUGAGAGAGACUACCGAGUAGAGUGGGAACGACUCAGGAAGGAGAAGCAAGUCGACGAGAUGGUGCAGCCAGUACUGGAGGAGGAGGGGAAGCCUGUUUCGCUGGUGACAGCAGUGCCAAUAGGGCAGGAACUGGCAGAUGUGUACCUAAAGCAUCCUGCCAAUGAGAGCAGCGAUGAUGAGGAGGGAGAGGAGAAUGUGCCGCAUCUCACGGAGAAAGAGAUUGAAGAGGAGAAGGAACGAGAGUCGUUCUAUAAUUUCCUGACACAACAGAAACAAGUGCAAGAAAAACGGGUCUCAGCGGCUGCAGAGCAGACGCAUAAGAAGUGAUGGGGCAAAGCAAGUGCAGAAAUAUACUCACUCCAUACAAAACACCAGGCCACCAUUGGGUCCAAAUUUGAGAUCAGCAUCGUCCAUUGCAUCAUCCAAGUGAAUCAGUUCCCUUAUAUCAACCAAUGGUUGAUAAUCAAAAUAUUCAGCUGCUGGAUCAAGGUUCACAACAUCAAUAGUCUUCCUGUCAUCUGCAGCUUGCUUGACUAUUGUAGAACAGUAUGUGGACUGAAAAACAUUGAUGGUUUUAUUGUCUCCUAUUUUCAUUUCAUCUUCCAUAUCAAAAUCCAGAAAUGGUCCAAAGCCUUUUACAGGAUUUUGUAUUCAAACUAAAUCAUUAAAUACAAAUACUGAAAGACUACCAGGUUACAAGCCACGAGCGCAUAACAAAGGUUCGGACUGGUUACCAAGCAGCCCUGAGGAUGUGAGCAGACAUUGUCCACUGAACGUUGGCAGAAGAUAUGGUUUAUUCACCAUUCAGAAACCUGACGCAGCUAGUAACCCAAGAAUCCUUCAUCAACUUCAGUUGCUGUGAAAGCUUCACUGUAUACAUGAUAGUGUCAUGUUUAUGUAAAGGAAAUGUGUUACAGAAUGAAUGUCUUGACAAAAUUAUUGAGAUUUAUUGUGAAGAUUAACUCAUGAAGGAUACAUAAAAUCGGGCAGAAUUGUGUAAAUGGUAACAAUUAAUUACAGUGAAGCACAUAUCAGACCUGUGUUGCAUAACAGCAAA